AUGAAGUUUAAGCAAAAGAAAUCUUCAAAACUGAUUUUAUCAGAUAAGAUUGCUGAUGCUUUAACUGUAAGACCACGGGCUGAUAUUGAAGAUGAUCAAAUAUUUCAAACUAAACCUAGCACCGUUGUACGCGCUGACUUUAGCUCUUCAGACAGUGAAGAUGAAGCUGUAAUUAGUGAUUUCAGAAAGAGAAAUGUACAUUUAUUAAGUGAAAUUAGUAAGAAAUAUGAAGGUGAAGUUGUAUCUCGCAAAGAAUUAGUAAAAGAUACUACAGACAGUGAUAGCUUGCUAGGAAAAGAUGGUAAUGUACAUGAAAAUAGUUCAUCUGAUGAAGAAAAAAGAUCAGGUGGUUCAUUAUUAAAUGAUGAAAGUGAAAUCGAAAGUGAUGAUUACAGUAUUACAAAAAAUCAAAAAGACAAGAAUUCUAAUGAUGAACAAUCAGACGAUGAAGAAGAAUCUGACGAUGAAGAAGAAGGUGAAGGUUAUGACAUAAGUCAAAUGGACGAGCCGAUAAAAGAACAGUUUGAGCAUGUUAAAAAACAGAAUAUUUCUGAGGAAGCUAAAAAGGGAACCUGUGUCAGAAAUCAACUUUUAUUAUGGGAAGGUUUAUUAGAAAUGAGAAUACACAUGCAAAGAUGUAUGAAUACUGCCAAUAGAAUGCCAAUGGCUGAUACUUAUAAAGAUUUUAAAAAAUCCAAUGAAUUUGUUGAUGAAAGUGCUAUUGCUAUUAGCAAUGUUACUAAUGUGUUAGAUAAAUUUCUCACUUUGCAACAGUUAUUAUUAAAACAUUUCCCUGAAACAAAAGCGUUAUCUAAUAAUAAACAAACACCAGAUGCCAAACAAUCAAUAAGCAAUGACAGCGAUGAAGAAAUACCAAGUGACACAGAUAAUGAAGAAAUUCCAUCUGACACUGAGGAAGAAGAUAACUCGGAGAAAAACAAAAAACAAAAGAUUUCAAAUAAUCAAAUUCAAAAGAAACGAAAACUUGAGGACUAUGAGGGUGAUUUAUCCACAUGUCACAAAGCCUUCAAAAAUUUUAGAGAUGCUACCAUCCAAAAAUGGAAUGAGAAGACGAGAAUAGCAACUGCAGCUAAUAUAAAAAAUACACCAACUAAUACUAUUUUACAGCAGAUCUCUUACAUUUUGUCUGAUAGAAAUAAAUUAAUUCGUAGAACUCAGUUAAAGCGUUCAGAUUAUGAUAUUAUUGGGUAUAAAAAAGAAAUUAAUGUGGAGGAUAAACAUGAAGACAUUGAAAUGAAUCCUGUCACGAGAGAUAGGAAGGAUAAUGAUGAAUAUAUUCCAGAAAUAUUUGACGACAGUGAUUUUUAUCACCAACUCCUUAGGGAACUUAUUGAAUGCAAAUCAGCUGAUAUAUCAGAUCCUAUACAACUAAGUCGUCAGUGGAUUGCGUUACAGCAAAUGAGAAGUAAAAUGAAAAGAAAAGUAGAUACCAGAGCUACAAAAGGACGUAAAAUAAAAUAUGUAGUUCAUAAUAAAUUAGUCAGUUAUAUGGCACCAGAAAAGUCGUUGAAAUGGAAUGACGAGAGUACAAAUGAAUUAUACAGCUCUUUGUUUGGAAAAAUGUUUGAACACAAUAAUGUCGGUGUCAAUGUUAAUCUGGAAAAUGUUAAAAUAAAGGAU